AUGGCGAAGGGAUCAGAUGAUGAAACGUCGAAAACAAGCUCGGAAGCUUCGAGCUUUGAUAUUUUCUCCUCGAAGCAUUUUCGUGCCGGCUUCGCCUUCUCUUUGACUUUUGUGGUCGGUUUUGUGUCUCAAAAACUUUGAGUUUAAUAAGAGAGGUCAUUUUAAUGUGGGGUUUCGAACUACGUGUAAUUUUGUCCGAACGCUAUGUGAAGGUCUGGAGUUCAUCAUAAUUGCAACUUCCUUUUUUGAAGUCUUCUGAAGAUUUUGAAGUUGCCAAUACUUUUUUAUAUCUUGAAGCUGCCAAUUUGCCUAAAGAAAGCUAUAUCCUCAAAACGGAAAUUUUUCUAGGUUACUACUAUGGAAGAUUCGCAUCUAUACCUUCAGAUAUCGCUUUGGAAAUUUUAUAGAUGAUUCGAAAAUUCACACUAAAAUGACCUCCCUUGUAAGCUUUUUCCAAAAUUUCCAUCGGGAGUUUUUCGUUGCAGUUUCUUCUGUUUGUGAUGUUUCACACUCAUGACGAGGACCUCGAGAAGUCGCGGAGAAUUCUCUCAAACAAGGAGUUAUUUGAGGAACUCGAGCACAAGUAUGGAGGCAGUCGUGUGGUGUAAGCUCACAAGAUUUUUUGAAAUUUUCAUUGAAAAUCUUUGAGAGGUCACAUUUGUGGGAAAACCGAGUGUUUCCAUGUGAGAGACGUCUUUGGAAAGGAUGAGAAAGGGUUUGAUUUGAUUUUUCGUCUUUAUCUGACUUUUCUACCUCAAGAGUUCAUUUUGCGACGCGUGUCAUUCAUCAAGUUGGUCUUCCAGAAGGAUGCAUCUCCAUGAUCAAGCUGAAACAGCCAGGUAAACAAAAAAGAAAAUGGGCCGGGAGUUGAACCUGGCCCUUCCCUACGGUAAGCGAGCACACUACCACUUAGCCACCAAUAUUACGAAGAUAGUUUUUUUUUCAGUACGGCCUACUAUGCGCUCUCUGAACACGAGGGAUUGGGAGAUCGACAAGCGAGUUAUUGACCGAAUGGGCUACAACGGCAGGUUGAUAGGUAGAUUGUUUAUAGUUUCAUGGGGAGCAAAACAAGUGAUAUUUUUGGGAAGAUAAUUUAUUUCUUAUUUUUGAUAAAUUUCACCCUUUGGUAGCCUGUUAGAAACGCUUUUUAAACUUUACUUAUCUUAAAAUUGCUCUGUUCCAUUUUUGAGUUGGUACGGGGUUUCGAAGCGGGUAUCAAAAUACAUCAAAGGUACGACUUCCUUUUUAUUUUUGGUGCGAAACUUGAAUUUUUAUUUUUGAGGUUACCGAUUUCUACUCUUUAUUCAAAAAAAUAUAGAAUUUUUCUCAUCAUUUUUUUAUUGGAUCUUUAGUCUCACAAAUGAUAAUUUUUUUCAUUAUCACCUUCUGUAGGCACUAACUUCAGAGUUUAUUUUCACGAGCGGGGCCGUGCCGAUGAACCUACAAGCGAAAGCUGAUGUACUAGCUAUAGGAACUGGCGGCGGAGCCAUCAUGAAUUAUUUGUCAGCCAACUUUCCCAAUGUGAAUUUUCUUGAUAGUUAAAAAAAUAGAUUCUUUUUCUUCAGUUCAAUGUGACCGGCGUUGAAAUCGAUCCCCUUAUGAUCGACAUUUCGCGGGAUUAUUUCGGAGUUCGGCAGAGCGAAAAGGCGCGAGUUCUCGAAGCCGACGGGCUCAAAGUUCUGCAGGACAUGGCUGAGGCAGGUCUGUUUUUCAUGAACAUCGGAAUGAAAUCUUUCUAAAAAAAAAAUUUAAGGAGAUACGGUAAAUGCGCUAAUUCUGGACGCGUGCAACAACGACUUCCGCGAUGAAUGGACCUGUCCGAUCGUCGGUUUCCUUCAAGACUCUACCCUGAGCAACAUCAAAAAAGUCAUUGGAAACAAGGGUCUUUUAAAGAUAAACCCUGUCAAUCCACUUUGAAUCGUUUUCCAGGUGUGAUUGCUAUGAACGUUCUUGCUGGGAGUGGUCUUGAGACUAGUACAGAAGUGGUCCAGGUCGGAUAGAUUUCCUCAAAUCUCAAAACGAAGCCUUUUUAGCUGCGCGAAAAGUUGAAGAUCUACUUUUCCUCCUGCACUUUCACCACUCUGGAGCAUAUGGACAACGUGGUUUGAUCUUGAGUAUAUAUAUGGUAGAAAGGCUUUUGAUUAUUGGUCGUCCAGAAAAGAAACCCGGAUUUCCAUUUCGCGCCAACUAAAUGAAAAUUUUGAUCUCUUUUCAUUAAAUUCAAACUUGGUAGUGUCCCCGGAUAUAUUGGAAUUUGAAAAAAACGAAAAAAUAAAAUUCGAAAAAAUUGUAAAAGUUGGAUAAACCUAAAUUUGAAAUUGCCAUGGAGCAGACUUUCACAUUGCUCGAACGCUUGUUUCGGCUCUAAUUUCAGGCUAUUGCUUAGGAACGCCAGAGUGGUCCCUUGAGAAGAAACCUUAGAGGUCCUUGUAGGUUUUCCUCUAGAAAUCACCUUACCUCCCCCUAUAGGCGGCACUAAAACAGACUUGUGCGAGGGUCGGACCAUUAGCUUAUUGGGAUCCCGGCCAUCUUUAAAAACUGACGCAGUCCGGUCUUACUGACCCCUUAAGCAAAAUUACGGGGUCCGGCGGAAAAGGCGCAACUUUCUUCAAGUAAAAUAUCAGACUGUUCUACGAUAAAAAUCAGGUUUUUCAUUAUUUUUUCAUUUACAGUUCCACAAAAACUACGAUUCAAACAAUAAAAAGAAUUUUUCGGUGGAAGUUUCGAGUUUAAAAGAACGUAUUUUUGAAGAGCCCCAAGCCCGCAAAGGCUUCUUUGCAAAAAUGAGGCUUGAAGCCCGGGCUAGGCUGUACCGCCUGAUGCACAAGUCUGGCUCUCCUAUCCAGGCUAUUUUUUGAACGAUCAAUCUUUGCAUGUCGAAUUUUACCUGGAUGCCUUUGAUUCUUUUUUUUGUAUCAUUUUGGUUUUCAGGUUGUCGAAUGUAACAACAUAGUGGAGAAAAAGACCGCUGUUCAGCCUUUGGAGGCGAAAGAAUUCGUCGAGAAGAAUGGCAUCGAGCAUAUCCUGGUGAGAUAGUUUUCAAGGAGAACCAGCUUAUUCCUGAAUUUCAGUUACAUGUGAACGAAAAAUCGUACAUGAUCUACAAUUCUACGCAAGAGGAGAAUGAACAUGAACUUUGA